UAUAUGAGACGAGGCCGAGUAUCCUCCUCGCUCACGUCUGGUCUUCAUAGGAUGAGAAGAAGUUGGCGUGCCGUGUUUCCAGGUUUUCUCCUCCAGGGUCUUCUGUGAUUGGACUCUUCACAUUUCUAGGAAUAUUUUCAGCUCUCUUCAUUGUCUGGCGGUACAAACAAUCUGAUUGGAGGAUGUAUGGGCAGAUCUAACAUGCCAAACUGAAGAAGAUGACACAUGACAACAGAUACUCAGAAAUCGGAAAAGAAUACAGAGAGUCUGCAAAAGAGACGUUCCAAAGAUUUAAUGAAUAUAAUUCCCAUAUGGAGGAGGAUGUUCCUCUACAGAAAAGAUUCCCCAAGUACGGACCCCAGAAUAAAGAGGGAAAAGAUGAAGACAUAAGGAGUUCAGGCAGAAGACAUCUACAGCUCAUGGAGAAAAGAUCCCCAACCACAAUCCCGGCCCUUUUUGACCCCGAUGAAGACGGUUCCAUCCCUAAGAUUGUGGUGUUAGAAGGAGCGGCUGGGAUUGGGAAAACAAUGACCUCCAAGAAGAUCAUGCUGGACUGGGCCUCUGAGGAUCUCUACCGAGACAAGUUUGACUUUGUGUUUUAUCUGAGCUGUAGAGAAAUCAACACCAUCCCUGGAGACAUAAGUCUUGUGGGACUUUUAUCCAGAUCCUGCAGACUGAGUUCAGGUGACCUGGUGUCUAUUCUGGAGGAUCCUGGAAGUCAGAGAAAACUUCUCAUCAUAGUUGAUGGGUUUGAUGAACUGAGGUGGACUCUGGAGGGGAAAUCUGAGGGUUGUCCUGACAUUUCUAUGGAAACCCACAAAGAAAUAAUUCUCCAAAGCUUGCUCAGGAGACAGGUUCUCCCAGAAUCUUCUCUGAUAAUCACCACAAGGUCACUGGCCAUGGAGAAACUUAACACAUUCAUUGAUGAUUCUCGCAAUGUGGAAAUCCAGGGAUUUACAAGGGAAGAUCGGGAGGAAUAUGUCCAUAAAUUCUAUGGAAAUAAAGAAGAUGCAGACAAGGUUCUCCGUAUAAUAAAAGAGGAUGACGUUGUGUACACCAUGUGUGCCGUCCCCAUCACAUGCUGGAUUGUCUGCACUGUAAUGAAACAAGAAAUAAGAAAAGAUUUGGCUUUAAUUCGGUGUCAUACGACGACUUCAAUUUACCUUCUCUACCUGGAGAUUUUACUAACCCAUCACAGCAAGACGGGGCCGUCUGUACCCAGGAAACAAACCUGUCUGAAGAAGCUGUGUGCUCUGGCCAAUCAGGGAGUUCUGACCCAACAAAUCUUAUUUGAGAAGAAAGAUCUAGAAAGACACGGACUUUCUCUGGAUGAGGUGGAACCUGCUACAGCUUCAUCCACCUGA